ACAGACACACACACACAGACACACAGACACACAGACAGAGCGGCGAGCAGUCGAGUGUCAGUCGUCUCUGAGGCCACGGUGAAGGAUUAUUGAGCAGAGAAAAUUAGUUCAUCCAUUACAGAGGAGCUCAGCUCGAGGGUCUGGUCGUCAUGAAGCGUCCGUGUGAGGACAGCAGCUCAGCAGAGAGCGACGUGGACGUGGACGGUGACAGGAACGUUUAUCCAGGGCUGAUGAAGGUCAGGAUGAUCAGAUGUGGUUCGUCACCGACGACGACGACAACGACACAAGUGAUGGCGAGAAAGAAACGCAGAGGGAUAAUUGAGAAGAGACGCAGAGACAGAAUCAACAACAGUUUGUCUGAGUUACGGAGACUCGUCCCCACAGCGUUUGAGAAACAGGGUUCAGUGAAGCUGGAGAAAGCAGAAAUCCUGCAGAUGACCGUGGACCACCUGAAGAUGCUGCAGCUCACUGCAGGAAAAGGUUAUUUUGACGCCCACGCUCUGGCCCUGGACUUCCUGUCUCUGGGUUUCAGGGAGUGUCUGACGGAGGUUUCCCGUUACCUGAGCGCCGCUGAGGGCGUGGACUCCAGCGGUGACCCCCUGUGCUCCCGCCUCCUCUCCCACCUGGCCUCCUGCGCCUCACAGCGUGACGCCACCGCCGCCAUGACGGUCGCCUCCCACGCUCCACAACAUCAUCCUCAUCAUCACCAGCUGCCUCCCACUUUCCCUCACCCCCUCCACCCUCAUCACUGGGCUGCCGCGCUCCGACACAUGCCGAACGCCGCCUCAUACGGACUGAGUGGACUUCCUGUUCCGCCAAAUCCUGGAGGAGGUGGAGCCCCCCAAAGGCCGACCGAGCUAUCACAGCCCAGUGUCACCUCCGCCUACCCCUCCCACCCAGACUCGACCUCCUCUUCCUCGCCAGCCUCCUCCUCUUCAUCCCUGGUACUCCCGUGUGGCCCCGCCCCUCUCUCCACCUCCCUCCUCUCCCUCUCAGCGACGUCGUUUCCCAUCACGCUCCACGGAGGUUUCCCGCUCUUCCCUCCCUCCUCCUCCUCCUCCUCCUCCUCUUCUUCACAGACUCACAACGCUAAACCCUACAGGCCAUGGGGAACCGAGGUCGGCGCAUUCUGACCUCUGACCUCUGCUUACUAACUCGCAGUUUAACAAAACCUCCACCUGUGAAGCUUCUGUUGUUUGGUUUACUCACAGAAGUGAGCGCACCGUGAGCGCCACCUGCUGCUCACAACAUGUUCUUAAAGAUAUCGUGGACUUAAAGUCAUGUAGAUGUUUACUGCACCAAACCUCAUAGAGAAAACCAGUGAUUUUAACAUCACACACACAGGAGCUGUUGAUCCACUGCUGCCUCCAUCACUACAUUCAAAUGUCUGAUUUUGUUUAACAGCCUCUGAAAUCCUUCACUCAGAUUGACCUCAGGGACACAAAGUGACCACACGAGGCAGCAGUGGAUAAACAACUCCUGUGUGUGAUGUUAAAAUCACUGAUUUUCUCUCUGGGCUUUGGUGUGGGAGAGUGAGUGGUUUACAAACGUCACUUUCCUUGAUGUUCAGUGGAAAAAA